AUGGACACAGAACCCGAACACCCCCGUGCUAUCCUCUUGAAGGAAAUGCAAACAGCCGCCCAGCUCGGCAACCUGACACAGCUCCAGAGUCUACUCCAGCGAUGGGAAACAGAGCUCAUCAAUGGCAUCCCGGCAAUAGAGCAAGAUCAACUCUGGUUUAAACCCGGAGUGAACGAGCAGCUGGAAUUAUUCAACGAGCUGAACAGACCGAAAGAAGAGACAAAGUGGGUCCACAACGGCCAGUUACUCAUGAAUCGAGUCUUGGUAUCGGCAUCGCGAGGAAACCAAGUUGCCGUCGCAGAGUUUCUCCUAGAAGAGAAAGGUUGUCCCAUCACAUCCAUUGCGGUGCAGGUCGCUAUGAUGAAACGUUCCUUUGACGUGCUAGAAUCUUACCUUUCGCACGGUUGGGAUAUCAAUCAGCCUAUCAGGAAUAAUCAAUGUCCGAUAUUAAGGCAGGUAGUCAAUGAUGAAGAACGGGUCCGCUGGUGCCUUGAACAUAGGGCCAAUCCCAAUACUCGAAACAAUAACAAGACUCUUGACGUGCUUAGCCAUGCUGCACGUCACGCCUCAUUCCCAGUGUUGGAGCUACUAGUUGCCCAUGGUGGGGAGUUUUCCAAGAGUGAUGCCCUUCAUCAGGCUGCGGAAAAGGGACGUCUGGAUGUGAUGCGAUGGUUGUUAGAUGGUAGGCCUUCAUUCAACUUAUAUUGUAUGCCACUGACAAUAAUCUGCCUAGAUCGUGAAUUCCCCAUUAAUCAACGCGAGCUCGAAUAUGACAUUGAUAUGUUCAACGAUCGACAGUCAAACGGCCUGGGAACGGCGCUGCACGCGGCAACCGAAGAAGGUUGUGUGGAGAGCAUGAAAUUCCUAAUUGAUCGAGGUAUUGAUGUAGAACUACCAGAUACACUUGGCCGGAAAGCUCUUACUUUAUGUGAAAAUGAAGAGACUUCUCUAGAACUAAAGAGCCCGGUCUGA